UCUAAAUUUUACCAAUGGCUUUGCUAAAUGAAUGUCUAGUUAAGUCUUUUUUACAUUGAAUGAACGCUUGAUUUCAUUGAAUAAAGAAAUCGGUUUUGGCAGAUUUCUCACUUAAUCGCAUCAGCAAGAAAAUAAGAUUUAAUUAUAAAAAUCGAAAUAAUUCGAGUUAAACAAUAAAUAAGGAUUGAAGUAGCAUGAAGCUGCAUAUGUUGUUUGGGGCAUUGACGGGGCUGUGCCUCGUGCUGGGAGGGCUCGCCCAGGGCCCCACUAUCAGGCUCUGCGGUGCCCACAGCACGACUGAGAAUUUUAACGACUCCUACAUUAGUAAGCUCUCCGACGAAGAUUACAUGGUGGUGCUGUCGGAGGGUCGUCGGUCAUUAGACAAACUAUUGAAGUUUUCUCCCGAUGGCACUUACUUGUAUAGAUAUAUUGACUGGAUGGGGCGGUCUGCUCAGCACACAGGAGAGUACCGCGCGCAGGCUCACGCUGCCUCUGCCCCAGCCACCAUAACGCUGCACUCCCUCCCCAGUGGAGCAUUCGGCAGUGUAUCGGGCGCUGUAACGUUCAGCGUUAUAAAGGCCGAGCAGGGAGUUCUUGACUUGAUCUCGUGCAUCAGUGAGGGCCUUCUGCACAGAAAGCAAAGACACGUUCUGAUCUCCACUGAGCUGCUCCGCUCAGCUGUGACUGCCGUGUUAAGUUUGCACUCGGCAGCUGGAGUGACACCGAACACAAUCCAGGAAGUCGGAUUUAACGGCGUAUUUCGAUCAGAAAGUGAACUUCCCGCAAGUUCAAGACAGGAUAAAGUUUUAGCAGUCCUUACUAUACUUGCUGGCUUUCCAAUCUUUGAACUGGCGUGCAUUUCUUUCACAGAUCCUAUUUCCUGCCUUAUUCUCUAUAAGAGAAUAAUAACAAGUGUUAUCUUCCCAACGCCUGUACCAGCCACGUUUUACCACAGCGAGCCUGAAUUUUCCACUUCAGUCCCCUACCAUUUUGAACAAUUUGGUCUACGUUCAUUCCCUCAUUCUCAAUUCAGUCCAAUGCUGGCUCAAGAAUUUGUGAGUGUUCCAUAUGCUGUUAAAAGUCAAACCAGUUUCGGAAACCAUGAGCAGGAUGGCGCGAAAAAUCCCGUAUUGGUCGGGAAUCCGAACUCGGGACAAUACAACUUUUUCUUCAAAGGUUAAUAUAUUCAGUGCGAAUUUGAGGAAUGUAUUUUGUGUUUUUACGUGAGUGAGUACUCUUUUAUGUGUAACUUGGACUUCCGAAAAGCACACUCAUCGGUGUUCAUAAAAAAAAUAAUUGUGUAUCAAUUGCUCAUUUUUAUUGUUCGUUAGGAUACAAACUUUUUGAAAAUUAAAGCUCAGUAGAAGUAUAGUAGAAUAGGUGGAGAAAAUCAAUCACAUUGACCAGCAAACAUAGAAACGGAAACAAAAAAAAAAAACAAUUCAAAGGAAAGGAUUAACUUAGCAAACGUAAAAUAAUUUCCUUUAAAAGUUGGGUUCCAUUGAUAUGCUCUUCAUGCAAGAUGUUUUAAUAAACGAAAUUUUCAA